AUGACAUACAUACAGUUUCCCAGGUCCACGCCCGCCUCUUCCUCUUCCUCCCCUGGCGCCUCCCCAUCCACCUCGUACUCACCUAUUCGACAUUCUCCCUUAUCUCAACCACCCAUCUCAGCCAUAUCACGCACGCCCUCACCUACUUCUUACGCUGGUAAUGGGGUAAAGCCUAUACCCACACCUAGUCGACGUAGUUGCCAGCCGACCUCGAGGGGAUCUUUAUCGCCAUUGACAUCCCUCGUAUCGCCUUCACCUAGAUAUACGAACGGAAGCAUAUCACCUAAUUCUUCCUUUCACACCCCUCCUCAUGACAAUAUCCAUUCAAUCGAUCAAUCCCCCUCCUCCUCACCCUCUCCUUCACGUCGAUUAUCCCGCUCUCAACCUCUGCUAGGCUCAUACCACCUCUCUCUACUUCACUCACGUAUGUCCUCCGCCCAUCAGCCUCAUCAACUUACCAACGAAUUUUCGAUAAGCUUAGUAUCGAUAGGGAAAGGGAAAUCAUGUCCUGCUCAUCUUAGGUAUUCCAGUCCAUUAGAAAUCCCCUUCUCAGCGGUGUAUUACGAUUUAGAAGAUCCCGAGGCUAUGGGUUCGCUGCCUACCAGAUCUACGCAGAGCCAAUAUCAGAGUCCUUGGACGGGGGGAGUGGAUUUGGAGAAAUAUUAUUACGAUUUUUUCGCAUACCCACGCCCAGACCCACAUCACCAUCCACAUUCUCAUGCUAUAGAUACAGUUACACGAAAGGAUGAGCCACCUUCUUUUCCUGGAUAUCAGGUCUCGCCAGUUGGUCAAUUACAAAUUCUCAUCAAAUCUUCCAAUUCACCCAUCAAGGUGUUUCUUAUCCCAUACGAUCUUAGGAAAGUACCAGUAGGAGGGAGGCUACUAGUCAGGGAGAAAACGUAUUGCAAGAUUAGGGACGAUAUGGUUGAAAAUGCAGGAAAAGGGGUGUUAAAAUAUGCUAUCCAACUCCAAUUCGUCUGUAUACCUUCCUCGUCAUCCCACAUCAAUCGACCAAAGCCUUCAACUUCAUUACCUUAUACACCGUCUCAAGGUCAUUCUCACGAAGGAAAAUCAUACUAUGUGUCGAAAAGUACGAAAGUGGUAUUUGUUUUUACCCCUCCGGACUCAAGGGAGAUGAUGGAUGUAGAAAGGACAGAUGAGAUUGUUGAACCUCCCACCACACCCACAAAUUCAGGUAAUAAGAGGAGAAGAAGUAGUUUGGCAUUUUCACCUGGAUCGUUGGGCAAGACGAGUGAGGAGUGGGAAAUGGUCAGGAUGAAAUGGUUUGCUAGACGAGAUAUGGAAAUGGAUCGAUCUGAAGUAGAUAACACAGGGGAUAAAGUGGACAGAGGGGAUAGUACGAGUUCGAAACGGGAUUGUGAUAUGGGUUUGGUAGUUGAAAAGCCAAGAAUCAUUAGAAAACCUUCUUUGAUAUCUACUACUUCACCAUCACCCUCAUCUCUGCCUACGGAUAUACCCAAAUCGACACUUUCUCCUUUACCUAUAUUAUCGCCUUUACCUAUCCGUUCCACAACAUCGACAUUACACAGAUCAAGACCCUCUACUCCUACCUCGCCUAGACCCAUCUCACCGCAUAUCAAUGGUAGUGGUAGCGGCAAUGGUAAUGGACCACCGUUGAUUUGGAGUCCGACGGGACAGAGGAGGAUGAGGAGGGAAGAUGGGUUGGAGGAAGUGGAGUUGAGUGAGAGGUUGAGGCAGAUGGGUAUGGGAGUGGGAGUGGAUAAGGAGGAGUAA